UUCGGCACUUACAGCGAGUCGGAGAGGAGGACGGAGGAGUACGACACUCAGGCCAUGAAGUACUUGUCCUACCUGCUGUACCCGCUGUGUGUCGGGGGAGCCAUCUACUCCCUCCUGAACAUCAAGUAUAAGAGUUGGUACUCCUGGCUCAUCAACAGCUUCGUCAACGGGGUCUACGCCUUCGGCUUCCUAUUCAUGCUGCCGCAGCUCUUCGUGAACUACAAGAUGAAGUCGGUGGCACACCUGCCCUGGAAGGCCUUCACCUACAAGGCCUUCAACACCUUCAUUGACGACGUCUUCGCCUUCAUCAUCACCAUGCCCACGUCCCACCGGCUGGCGUGCUUCCGGGACGACGUGGUCUUCCUGGUCUACUUGUACCAGCGAUGGCUUUAUCCCGUGGAUAAGAGCAGGGUGAACGAGUUCGGGGAGUCGUACGAGGAGAAGCCCCGGCGGAAAUCCCACGCGGACUGAGCCGCCCGAGCUGCUGCGAGGCUCAGCGGAGCUCCCCAGACUGCAUCUUCUGCGUUGCCAAACCCCCGAGAACGCUCCCCACGCGCCCCCAGGCCUCGCCGGGACGCCCGCGCCCGCCCGGUCUCGGUUCUCCCUGUGUUAAGUGCUCCUUACGGGAAGGCAAGCGGACGGAAGCGCGCUCCACGUGGACUCUGGGAUCAACGCUCCUUCCCCGUUUGUUUGUUGAAGAUUUUGUUUUAAAGAUGAAUGUAUGUAUGUUUCUAUUUUAAAGUAAACUUCUCUGACUGUGA